AUGGCACUCUCCCUAGUAGUCCACGCACCCUUCGAUGGCAUACGGCCAAGACAGCCAAGACAGCUACCCAACGAGUUUGAGCUCUCUACCCUGCCAUCGGAAAUGCAUGUAGUCCCCAUGCCGUUCCCAGCUGCUCACCCUUCAAGAGCAACCUCACCAAUGUCAUCCUCAGCCGCCUCGAUUGCCUCCACAAACACUACCCCAGUACACUCGGUAUUAUCUACCCGUAUGUCAGAUGCUUCCACCUCGACAAGCUCCAGACCCACGUCAUCGGGUUCAACGGACUCCAUCUCGUCCCUUUCGACUACACCUGCGCAAAGUGUAGUCUUCAAACCAACUCCAAAGGUCAAAAGUGUUGACGCAGGACGGAAAACCACCAGUCUCAAAGUCCACAACGUUUUCUUACCACGUGCACCCGUUUUGCGACCGUGGAGCGAUGAGGAUGGGUUGAAGGCGAUUCCGAAAUUGAACUUGGAUGUUUAA